AUGGCGAUCUCCUUGCGAUAUUGGGCUUCAUAUACUGAGGGUCGUGCAAAGCUACAACGGCGGUCAGAGAACUCUGUGAAUAGUAACCAUGUUCUCAGAUUUUUCUAUGAUGAGGAAAAUCGGGUGAUUACGGGAACAGUUCAGGCCAGCAUGAGGAACUUAGCAUACAAAGUAAUGAUACAAGAAUCACUCCACUGGAUUCUUUCUCCUGAGGCUCCCAUACAGCAACCACCUGUCCCACUGUUGGAAGACCUCUUAUUGUCAGAAGACUUUCUUCAUGUUAAUGAUCAGGAUACCUGGCUCCGUCAGCAACUUAAGGUCACUAGCCACAUCAUUGAAACCACAGUUGAGAAAACUAAGGGGCAGAGGACUAAUGCAUUGUGGGCAGCAGUUAGGAAGUUGAGAAUUACAGCUUCUAAUUUUGGACAAGUUUUAAGAGCUGUUAGACUGAAAAGGAUUAGUAAGUCUUUGAUGAAAAGAUUGCUGUCUGCCUACAACUUGGAGAAGUGUGCUGCAAUAGCAUGGGGGAUAACCAACGAAAAGAUGGCUAUUGAAAAAUACACUGUCUUAGGGGCAUCUGUACAUGAAACAGGAUUGUGGCUACAUGAAUCUGGAGUUAUAGGGGCUUCUCCAGAUGGCAUUGUCAAUCAUCAGCCAUGUUGCCCACCAGAUAUUCUGCAUUUCCAGUCAGAGGCAGCUAAGUACUUGAAACCUGACCUGAUUGAAGUUAAGUGCCCAUACUCAGCUAGAGAUAUGAAGAUAGCAGAUGCAGUUGAAGUUGUCAAAGAAUUUUUCCUUGAAAAAGUAGCUGAUCAAUUGCAUUUAAAAGAAAACACUGAUUAUUAUCACCAAGUCCAAGGACAACUUCAUAUUGCAAACAAAAUGUGCUGUGAUUUGGUAGUAUGGACACAGGAAGAUCUCGCAAUUAUCCGUAUUGCAAGGGAUGAUAACUGGGCGAUAAAUAUUGAAAAACUCAUCAAUUUUUAUUUUCAUAAGUUUAUGCCAGAAGUGAACAAGACAUAGCAAUUAUUUUGUUUCUGUACAGUGCAAUUGAAAUUGUUUAAUGCUGUGCCUUCUGUCGUUGAUCUUAGAAAAUUUAUUUUAUCCCAGUUCUUGCAAUGUAAAAAUGUUUAACUUUUCUAUAAUGAGAUCCUCAUAUAUGUUUCAUAUCCAUUCAAAUUUUUUUCAUUUGAAAGCAAGAUUAAAGUCAUUACUUCAUCACCACUCAUUAUUUUCAGAAAGGAAAUUUCGAUCCAGCAAUAUAGUUUCUUUAAAAAAAAACAUUUUGAAGUUUCAAUUGCAUACCAUACAGCUUAGACUACAUUCAUAUGAAUAAAUGUAUUGUCAGUAGUUUU